AUGGACCCUUCCCAGGCCGAGCUCAACGCCAUCACAACUCUAGAGCACGUGGCCCAGUGGGCCGGCCUGGACGACUCACUACGAGACACUCUGAUCCGAGACCUUGGGUCACCCAUCAACCUGAGGGACGUCGCAUUCAUCAAGCGCCAUGUUUGGGACGCUGCAGUUCUUCUUAUCCGUAGGGCAGUCCCUCCGGCAUCCGCUGGGGACAAACCGACGGAAAGGGAGCUGACACCUGUUGAACAAUCACGGCUCGAAGUGUUCCGGAGAGUGGCUCUUCUAAAAGUUAAGAGGACGCCAGACACUGCGGGGAACGAGGAGGUGGCGGGCCCAUCCAAACCUCCGGCCCACGGUGAACCUCAUACAAAUCAGAGCAUUCCCAAUGAUGUGGUAGCUCACGUGGGGGAUGCCGAAAUAGGUUUUGAAACUGAAGGGGGCAAAUUGCAACAAAGCUCGGUCAGGGCCAUGUACCUCAGGUACAAGGCCCGUUUCGGGGUAGAGCCACCACACGACAACGACCCGAGCUUGGAGCAACUAUCGCUGUUGGCACUUCACAUCAAAGCCGGCACCAUACCUUACUUCGACAUGGCGAUGUGGGAACCUGAUGGGUCUCCCAGGCCGGACAAGGCAUCCUUCAAGAGCAGCACCUUCGAAGGGCCGACCGGCGAAGUCGUCAAAGUAGACACUCCGGGACCAGCAUCAGUGGAUUCCUGGGAGAAAUUAUUCAAGGUGUACAUUGUUGCCAUGACCUUGCUAGGAGCUUCCGAACCUGACGAACUUGACAAAUAUAGGGAGUUCGUGAAAGGACUUAGCGAUCGCUUCGGUCCGUCCUGCUGGGGAUUUAUAUGCAGAGCGGACUCCAAAAUGAGAUCUCAGCAUAUCGAAGAAAUUCGCAAGAACCUGGAAAUCGAGGGGGUCCCAAGCUCGAGCCCAUGGUCAGCUGCUUUCACAGAAGCGGUGAGGGCUCAAGACUUUUGGGACGCGGAAGUGAUUUCCCCGAGCACCACGCUCUUGGGGAGGAACCGCGGCACUUUAGUCGGCUUGAGCUCGGAAUCAUCGGUGGAAUCCUCGCCAGACAGAUCACCGAGUCGACGGGAGAGCCCAAAGAGCUCGAAGCCCAAGGUAUCCAAGAAAGGCAAGAAGAAAUACACCGGCGAGAACAAGUCACGUGCGCUUACCACCGGAGCCAUCAAUGCAACCACUGCUUGGGCCCGCACCAAGCAACACAAUGCCCGACCAAAAGCACUUCAGAAGCUCACUUGUCACUUGUCGGGUGAAUCUUCACCUCCGGCACAAUCAGCGCGUUCCGAUCGGAGGGCAUCUGCCCCCGAGAGCGAAACUCUCGGACAGGAAAGACCCAAUUCUCCGGCAGGCCUUCCACCGCAUAAGAGACACCGAACCAACCACUCGGACGAGUGUGCGGCCCCUGGCUCUUCGGGUAUCCGCCUGGUGCCAAGGGGUCGAUCUCCGUUGCCGCGGAAGAGGCAGCCGCCAUACAAGACAUCUGAGCCCGUCCUGACAGACGGAUCCAUACCCAAACCACCCAGGUGGCAUCAGUAUGCGUAUGGAGCGACCAACAUCCUGCCCGAACGCUGGGCUCGCCGCCCCCGUGCCUUACUGCUGUUCAGAAACAUCCUGCGGGAAGUUCAGGAGGGUGUGUUCGACUGUGUGGGCAUUUCCCCGCCGUCUGAGACGUUGCCCCGGUCGGGGGGCAGUUGUUCGGGCGCUGAACCGUUGCGGGACCUAGAACGCCCAGACGGGCUCGGCCGCAAGAACUUAUCAAAGGCCAAGUACGAGCAGCUGUUGAAGGCCAACCAGAUUUUCGAAUUAUCGGCCGAAGCGGUGAAGUACCAACUCAGGGAGCACAGAGCAUUCUGGUUGGAGAGCUCGGAUGACAGGAACAAAGCAGACUUUUGGAAAACGACGUGGGGAACUUCCGUGGAGAAACACGCCCUCGUGGAAAAAGCGGCUUUCGAUCAAUGCAUGUUUGGAGAGGAAGUCCCAAAGCCCACAAAGAUCGCGCACUUCGGGCUAGACCUUUCCCAGCUCAAAGGGAUCAGGUGCACGCACCAGAACCGCACUUGGCUCAAUGCUGACGGCAGCCAGUACCGGGCCAAGCACAAAUGGACAAACGCACCAAAGGCAUUGGGAGUCAGCCUGUGCCGCAUCCUGGCCAAGGCGGUCCUCGAGAUCGACCAGCCGAGGCCGAAGGGGCUACUGGAUGUCCGCACCGAGGCCCUCCCAUGA